UAGAAAUUAAAUAAAUAUCCAAACAUUAGGAUUUCUCAAACAAAAUCACUUUUUGUACUCUACAGCUCAAAAAGCGCAUCUUAUGUUGAAAUCUAACCUUUAAAACGUUUUUGAUCGUUAGAGUUUAGCGUAAUGAUCACCUCUGUUGCAACAUCGUUAUCUUUGCUAAUAACGCAUGGAAAGAGUGACUCAUCUGCUCUUUACACGAUCUCUACAGUCUUUGAAAUGUUAAGGAAACAUCUUUGUGUUUAAACAGUAGCUCACACCCCACCUUUCUUUUCUCUCUGUUCUUUUCUACUAGGAGUUUAUGCCAUUUGCUUAGUCAGGAUUAUGUCGUAAAAUAUAUUUUAACCACGCUAUUAUUUGACUAACAGGAAACCAUGUUCACGGUAUUUGGAAAAAAAAAAAGAAAAUCAAAAGUUAAUUUAAACUUUAACCUUCAAAUAGCCAUUGACAAAUUGUUCUAUAGGCUUUUAAAUGGAAUAAUGACUAUGCAAAAUAAAUACAUAAAUUAAAAAAUAAAAAUAAAUAAAUAAAAAUGUAAUAAAAUUAAAGUUUUAAAAUAUGCGCGUUAGAAGAAGAAUCAAUCAAAGUAUGUCAAAAAAAUAAAUAUUCUGUGCUAACGUAAGCUGUCACGUGGUUUGUACGUAGGUGUACGUCAAGGCGUAGCCAAACAAACCACUUGAAUCCGGAAGUGAAAUGUUCCCUGUUGUGCCUUAGAUUUUGUGUUUUUGUUUUGUAACUUCACAGCUUAAAAAACGCUUAAACUAAAAACGUAAAACUAAAAAAAUGUUCAUUGGACGUCUGGUUCCUGUUUGUGAUAAAUAAAUUACCUCUGGUGGAAAAUAAAAUGGGCUUUUAUAGUUCCCAUGGCGAGUCCUACACGGACAAUCUCAUUGGGACCUUACUGGCAAUAUUUGGAAAUUUUCUUGUCAGCAUUUCUUUAAGCAUUCAGAAAUACAGCCACGUGACUCUCGCAGGGAGAAAAGAUCAGCGCACCUUCUACCAUGCCAAAACCUGGUGGUGUGGUUUUGUAUUCACCUGUAUCGGGGAGUCGGCCAACUUUGCCUCCUAUGCUUUUGCCCCUCUUGCUGUUGUGGCGCCUCUCAAUGCAGUAUCUGUCCUGACAAGCUCAAUUUUGGGCUUUUUAUUUCUGCGUGAGAAGUCUAAACCAAAGGAGUUUGCAAAGCAUUAUGGACUGAUUAUCCUGGGAUACUUCAUCACUUCAGGUGGAACAUAUCUCUUUGUGUCAUUUGGACCAAAUUCCCAUGAAAAACUGCAGGCAGAGAACAUUGUGAGGCACAUCGUUGGAUGGCCUGUUCUCUUGUAUUUGCUGUUGGAGAUCAUCAUGUUUUGCCUUCUUCUAUAUUUCUACAAACAACGAAGAGCUAACUAUCUGGUCGUCAUCCUCCUGCUGGUUGCAUUGCUUGGCUCCGUCACCGUCAUCACCGUGAAGGCAGUUUCCGGCAUGUUGGUGCUCACCAUCGAGGGCAACAUGCAGCUAGACUACCCCAUUUUCAGUGUCAUGUUCGUGUGCAUGGUGGCAUCAGUCGUCUUCCAGGCCAGAUUUCUGUCCCAAGCUUGUAAACUGCAUGACUCGUCUCUGGUCAUGAGCGUCAACUACAUCCUCUCCACUGUCUUUGCUGUUGUUGCUGGAGCUGUGUUUUACUUAGAAUUUAACAAAGAAGAAGUCCUUAACAUCUGCAUGUAUGUGCUGGGAUCUCUCCUGUGUUUCCUUGGAGUGUUUCUCAUGACCAAAAACAGGAAAAAACCCAAAAUCUUUGAGCCGUAUGUCUCCAUGGACAUGUCUAACGGCGUUCCAACAAUCCACGACAAAGGUUCGGCCGUUCAGCCAGACUUCAACGGCUCCUUCUCAUACGGGACUCUCGUGAACAAUGACGGAGUGGCUCCCGCUCCGCUGCCGGCAAAUCUGGAGCAGCCGGUCGUCAGCGCCAGAACCGCUGAUGCGUCUGAUAGGAAGAAGGAUUAGGACUGAGCACUGCCUUCCAUUCACGCAAACUGACCUCCAAAGACUUGAAGCUGUUAACAGAGCUCAGGUGCUUUUAUGUUUAACUUUCAUCCUCUUUUUGUUUCUGAAAGAAGCCGUGUGUGUAGGCUGGAAAAGCCUGGAAUAUCAAACUGAAUUGGGCAAUAUGGGGUAUUCAAGAAUACCCUAGCAAGGAAAUGGAUUUAAGGUGGUAUUUUAUUAUCGAACAGGUAAACUGAUCUUUUAAAAUCUAUUAAAAUAUCAUUAGUUCUUGGAAUUUAAAUUUAACACCUGGAUUCGAGGAUCUCGAGAAAGUGAAGGACUGUCAGAGGACGAGUAAACUGUGUUAAUCAAACUGUAUGUUCUCAUUGAUACAUUUUGAUCAGAGAUUUGGCGUGUUGCAUCUCUUUGAGUUUCCGUUGCUGAUUAUUGAAUUAUUUUGCACUGAUAGGCUUUCUUACAGAGUUUCUCCAAAAAAGCAAAAAAAAACAAACCUGAAGUGUACAUUCUUAUCAAUGGGAUCAUGAAGGUCACUUUUUUUCUGCCUCUAGUUAUUGAAUUCAGUUGAAUUGCUGCUUUUCCUGUGCAACUGUUUUAACUUAUUUUUAUGUUAUUGAUGUAAACUUCAUUUCCUGUGUUUUGUCGUGUAGUUUUUACACUAAAUAUGUUUUAACUUAGGCUAUGCAAGUAGGUAAUUAAUAAAUUGGACAAUUUUUUUGAAUUUUGAUGUUAUCAAUACAAUAGAUUUGAACUGUAAACUUA